AUGACUUCAACAUUUACUAGACUCGCCCUCUUGCUAGCUGCUUUGGUGCCCCUCGGAGAGGCAGCGCCGUCGCUCCCGAAGGACAUCAAUAAGCACCAGCAACACGCAACGGGAAAAGCUGUGUAUUUCAUCACAAACGAAGCGCAAAAUGCUGUCGUAGCACUCCCAAUUCAACGUAAUGGUAGCCUUGCAGCGGGCAGCUCCGUCAAGACUGGCGGUGCUGGAGCAGUCAUGAUCGAAGCAGCUUCUGGAAAGCCUACGCUUCGUGAUGGUCUGUCUAGUCAGUCGGCAUUGACACGUGUUGGUAACUACAUCUUCGCUGUCAAUUCGGGCUCGAACACUGUCUCCAUGCUUGCUAUCAGUCCUGAUAACCCGACCUGCCUGAACAUGGUCGGUGAACCUGUGGCUCUCCCAGGAGAAUUUCCCAACACUGUCGCUGCAUCUGCAGAAAACCAAAUGGUAUGCGUUGCCAUGUCCGGUUCCAAGGCUGGCGUAUCCUGCGCGUCGUUCUCCCAUCAAGGAAUCGGACCCAUGGACAAUCUCCGCCUGUUCGAGAUCGGGCAAACCACGCCACCGAAGGGUCCUCUCAACACUGUCUCACAGGCUUUGUUCUCAGCCGACGGUACGAAGCUUUUUACAAUGGUAAAGGGCGACCCAACGGUCAACAACACCGGGUUUAUGUCUACGUUCGACGUCCAACGUAAAGGCCAGGGUCCGGCAACACUCGGUACGAAAGACAACCGCAUGUCACCAAACGGAACAGCUGUAUUGUUCGGCACAACCCGGAUACCUGGCAGCCACUCGCUAUUCACAACCGAUGCUUCCUUCGGUGCUGCAGUCAUUGGCUUCGAUACGAAAGGCCAGGCCACCGUCGCGGGUGCGGGAAAGAUCACCGGCCAGAAGGCGACCUGCUGGUCGACCAUUUCGCGCGCCACAGGGUCCGCGUUCGUGACAGACGUUGGUACUGACCGCAUCGUAGAGAUGAGUGUCAAGGACGCCAGUAUUAUCAAAGAACACGAUCUUUCGCCGAAUCAGGUUCCUGGAAUGAUCGACAUCGCAAGCGCAGGUAACUUCUUGUAUGCAAUGGUACCAGGUAAUGCAACAGUGGGCCCGGCUAUACUUGUUAUGGAUGUUUCAGGUGGCCAGGGAAUGGCGAAGGAAAUUCAGCGUUUUGAUAUGUCAGCGUUUGCUACUAGCACCGUGCAGGGCAUGGUGGCGAUGUAG